CCAUAUUGGGUCGUAAACAACUCUUAACAUAUAAGCGACAGGAGCCCUAAAAUGUUUAACAUAGCGUCGUCGUCUCCUCCAGUGAAGCCAAGAAGAUUUACUGUGAUCAACCAUGGGGAAGGUUCACUGGCUCGUGCCGGGAAGGUGAGAGGUCAGACACCGAAAGUGGCUAAGCAGGACAAGAAGAAGAAGCCUCGUGGCCGUGCUCACAAGAGAUUGCAACACAACCGCCGUUUCGUCACCGCCGUUGUUGGCUUUGGCAAGAAGAGAGGACCGAACUCAUCUGAGAAGUAGACAGAAGCAAUAUUUACCUUUUGAUGUCUUUGAUAAUGUGUCUUUAGUCACGAAGCCAAUGUUUCUUGUUGAUUUCAUUUGUGUUACAUUUUUCUUGUUCGGAUUAUAACUUACUUUCUUGUGUUAGUGUAAGGCUGGCAUAUUGUUGUAUUAGAUCUUUUGUUUUCUUAUGUUGGAUUAGAGGCGAAACCUUGGUGAUGCAA